CUUGGCGCGUUCAUGGAGACAAAAGAUCGCGGAUUGUUGUGAACUAAAAAUGAUUAUUUUUAUUGUACGUAUUUAUGAAAUAUCAUAACUGAAAGAAUUGGUAAGUAAACUAAAAAAAUUUACGAUUUAUACCGGGGGAAAGAGCGUAAACUUUUACAUGUAACGCAGUGUUUAUAUUAAAUUUACCGGCUUAUGUUGCGAACGUGUUGUCCCGCAUUCUAAUACGCGGUUGCUAACUAAAAGUGUGGCGCUGGAAUAUUUUGUUGAUUAAAUGGUCACGCUUAGAACUUAUUGUCCCGCAAGUAUAAACACUUAUUCACCUUACUUCUUAUUUUUUUGUUCGUAAUUUGGUAUCCAAAGUAAACGGACUACUCGUUUUAAAAAUGCGUAUUGUAAACAAAGAUUUUGACAGAACUCGGCAAAUGGACAGUCGAUGAUUUGUUAACACCGAAGAACGUAUUCAUAAUUGCAACUUUAGAGUAUAAUUUGUUACUUUGAGUUUUAAAUAUACAUUUGUAAAUUCAGAUAUAAGAAAUAUAUGAUGUUGCAACUUGCAAACUAGAUUAAAUAUCGACGGCUUGUGUGUGUUGCAAUAAUUUUGUGACUAUAAUAGUUUUCGUUGUUAGGGACAAAAGGUUAACAACCGUAAAUGGCUAAAACACGUGGAAUAACAUUCUUCAUAUUAUUUACACGUAAAGCCCUGUUCAAAAUGAGGGUGAGAGUUGAUAAGAGUUCGCAUGAAUGUUUUCCAAACUCUCAUGGCAAUGAAAAUUGAUGAGAGUUGAUGAAUUUGACUGGACAUUACCAUAUGGCAAAAACCUCAUCUACUACCAUCAAAAUGUGAACCAGCUCAAAAUUGAUGAGAAUUGGUGAUAGUUUUCGGUCAAAUGCAAGCAAGACUUGCAACUCUUGUGAUUUGUGAACUGUCAUCAAUUCUCAUCCUAAGCUGGUGGUAGUGCAUAUUCUGUAACAUGCCAGAGGGUACAUAGUUGCAUUUUUUGCAGCUGCUUCUGGUUGGGUCCACAAUUGUAUAUAAUUUCUGCUUGAAUUAACCCUUCAACUGUUAGUUGUAUCGAGCGAGAUAUCUGCCCAUGUACCAAAAACUGAUAUCUAUACAUUUAUCAUUCAGAAAUGUACCAAUGUUAAGCUGUUCUCACUAUUACAAGCUUUUCAAGCUAAAUUUAAAGUCAACUAAUCCCAUAUGCAUAUAAUCUUAUAAAAUCCAAACAUCUUGUCUUUUGUGCUAUAUGCAAAUUCUGGGCCUGUUUACACUAUGUUGAAUUUAGGUACUAUGUGCAGAUUGCCUGAUAUGGGUGUCAUUUAUAUAUGACUGUACAACAUACCCACAAAAUGAGCAUAUCAAGUAAACAACCUUUCUUUGUGAACUGAUGCCAAAAUUGAUGCCCCAAAAAAGAAAACACUGCUCAAAGCCUCACUGGGUAUAUUCAAUGGGUAUAUCAUAAGUUCUCCUUGUAUUUUUCAGGUAGUUGUAUCCCUAUUAAUCCACAGCUUUACAUAUUAUAUUACUCAGCACCCUGCCUUAUCUGGGUUUUUCAGUGACUGGUUACAUUAGAGCAGACCGAGGUAGACUGUGAGCUUACAGAUGGCGCUUUAAGCAGUUAAGCAGCCCCUGUUAAUCCAUACCUCAUUAAUGAUCUCCCCCCUAACCUAUGUGCCUAACCCACCCUGUCAACUUUCCCUGUGGGAGGAACCAGAGUACCCGGAGAAAACCCACGACUUUCGGCAGAGCGUUGACUUUUACUCUUUUCACAUGAGGACUGGGUUCGAGUCACAUUGAGAAAGUUCGCACUGAAGCUUGAACCUGCGGCCUCAGAGGUGAAAGGCAAGUGCACAAAUCACUUGGACACUGAAGCCCCUUUCUUCAUCUUAUAGUUAUAUGGACUGUUUAUAGGGACUUACAUGCAGGACAUUUAUCUUUAUGUGUGGAGAGGUUUGAGUACCGUUUGACAGUUUUUACAUCCCUAAAUUAUUUUUAAGGAGAUACUGCUGUGAAGAGGCAAAAUGGGUGCAACAGCAAGCAUAAACUAUGCUGCAUCAAAGAAAUAUAAACCAUCUGAACCAAUCGAAGUGAAAUUUGACAAAGUUGUCAAGUAUGAUGAUGGUGAUGAAAAACCUUUCAGAGGUUGGUCUCAUGUUCGCUAGCUUUAACAAUAUAACUUAUUAUGUAAUUUUGUAUUACCUAAAAAAUGCAUUUUUAUGUAAAAAAUUAUGGCUUUAAGUUUCUGUUAUUAAGAAUAGAUUGAUUGUAUAUUAUAAAUUGGGUUUUGUAAGUUCAAAUUUUAUAAAUAUAAUUGUUUCUAUUUUGUUCCAGAUGGCUUUCAACUAGCCACAAAGAAACAACCACUAUCACUUCUUGCAACUGCAAUAAGAAUUCUAGAAAGGAAACCCAAAGAACAGCCUGCCCCACCUAACGGAUACCUUCCAAACAACUAUGCUAAGCAAGUGAGGCCGAGAAGCGCUUACGUUGUUCUCAAAAAGCCAACACAAUCUUCAUCAACUCUCAACUCAUCACACCAAAGUGGUAGCCUGGUAAAUGGAAUGAAAACAAAACAGCAUAAACAGUUAAAAACGAAACAAAACCUAUACAUGAGUUUAAUCCAUCCAACCCCUGUUCGCGAUCCAAAAUAUGGAAUGACAGUUCCAUCUCGUAUUCGAACACCAAUGGAUUACCAUCUUCCCGCCAGGCCACCAAAAGCUAACACUCUACCAAGAUACUCAGCUGGCGAUGGUAAGAGAAUAAGAGUUAACCGCAAGCUAUAUAUGGAUAUGAUUCGUCCAGUUAUGACGUCACCACAGUAUCUAAAACUUGGUGCCACUAGAAGCACCCCACCCUUGUCCCUGACACAGAGAACCGCGAGUAGACAAUCUCAACCUCAGCACACGAGGUUUACACCCAGGCCACCAAAUGGUGAUCAGAUUUCGAGGAGAGGACUCGAUCCAAAUUCUUACCAUCAGAAACAACAUAAGGGUGUUCAUCAAAGAGAGGAGUAUAGACCUCGUAGGAACGAAUAUACCCCCGUAAGCAUCAGACCGCCAACGGCACAGAGACUUGUGAAUAAUGCAUACAACAGCUCAAUGAGUAACAGCGUUAGCUCGUCGUCGCAUAAAGACUUACACUUUCCUCGCAUUACAAGGAAAACGAAAGACGAUGUUUCGCUCAAUUCAUCACUGAACUCAAGAAGUCAAAUUCCUCGUGCACAUCCAGAGAACAUUAAACCACUGUACUUUCGUAAAUCUUUAGCUUAUAGUCCGCAUUAUGAACGCAAGGAGUUGCUGUCCAACCCCUUGUCUAGUAUGAAUAAUUAGUAGAUGCUCGUAUUGACUAUUGUAUUUAUUUAUUUUUAUUGUAAUUUUAUUUGUACUACAUACUGUAUAUAACCAAAAAUAUAAAAUUGGCAACGGCAAUAUUCUGCUCGCUAAGUUAAAUCCACUCAUGAUGAGGUACAGACUGCAGUAUAAACACCAACGACCGGUGGUGACCAGUUUCUGUAGGGCGAUGAAUGAUUUAUAUUAAUUGGACUAUUUGGAGAGAUUUUACCACAGGGAGUGGUGAAUUUCAUUGAAUUUGACAUGCACACGCGCAUGGUAUUCAACUCAGAAGGGAAACGGACAAUUAUCUAUUUGUUUGGCACCAAAAAACCUUUCCCCUUAUGAGUAAAAUUUUUAUCUAGAUAUGCCUGAAAAGAGCAUCACAAAAUUAGUAAUAUUCCGAAGUUUCGUUGCGAAAUGUUGUAGAAUGCGGAUAAUAUAGCCUUGCGAAGUUUUCCGUUUUUCAGUCAUUUUGCAUUACAAACGGGAAAUUGAUAAUCAGUUUGAUCAUCUGAUUAUCAAUUUCCCGUUUGUAAUGCCGGCAAAAUGACUGAAAAACUGCAAAUUUCGCAAGGCUAUAUUAUCCGCAUUUUACAACAUUUCGCAACGAAACUUCGGAAUAUUACUAAUUUUGUGAUGCUCUUUCAAGCUGUGAUGAAAUGUUUGUCCAGAUUUGUCUAGAUCAAAAUUUCACUCAAAAAGGGAAAAGUCUAAUGUAUGCAACGGAUGGAUUUGCCUUUAAAGUUGAAUGCAUGGAAAAAAACGUAAGCUCUGGUCAAACGAGAUUGAGAGUCGAUGAGAGUGCCAAGUCAUGAAUUGUUACAGGAAAGAUUUCAAGUUCUAGGUUAACAAAAUGAAGGUCUGAUACUGUAAGUGUUCCAACUAUGUUUUAACUUAAAUAGAAUACAAAAAGGUUACAUGCUUACCAACUCUCAUACACUCCCAUUCUUGUUUGACCUGGGCUUAAGUGAAACCCAGCUUAAACUCAUCUAUCCAGUCGAUACCUCUGAUUAACAACAUUUAACACUUUCCCUGUUGGUGUCUGUUAAUUUCAGGUUCGACUGCGUGAUAGUUCGACUUAUCGUUUAUACUUAUAGACAAAAGCUAUACUAUGUUAAUUAAUCAUUUACUGCUUCUAAUUUAUUGAUUUUUGUAAAAUAAAAAUAAGGUAUAAUUUUAAGUGACUGCAUGUAGUAC